GUCAUUGCUACUUGACUUUUUGUAAUUUAACGGAAUGAUAAUUUUACUUGUGAUAAUGCAAUACUGAAGUGUAUUGAUAAGCAUUAUUUUUUUUUUUUUUUUUUGUAAGCAAAGAUAAUUGUGAAUGAUUUGUGAAGUUAACAUGUCUCAAAAAGAUCAACAAAUUUUAAAACAAUUUUAUAAUUGUUGUAUUUUACGUGAUGGAAAAAUUUUAAACGAAGAUUUGUGGGUUCGUGAUGGGAAAAUUGUAAAUCCAGAGAAAAUUUUUUAUGAUGAAAAGAUAAAACCAAAUAUAAGAAUCAAUUGUAACGGAGCGUUAAUUUCUCCUGGGUACAUUGAUCUUCAGAUUAAUGGCGGAUUUGGCAUAGAUUUUACACAUAAUGUAAACAAUGUACAAGAAGGAAUUAAUAAAGUAGCCAAAAAAUUAUUAGAAUUUGGUGUAACAUCAUUUUGUCCAACUUUGGUUACGUCACCUAGUGAAACUUAUCAUAAAAUAAUUCCAAAUAUUAAGAGAACCAAAGGUGGAAAACAUGGUGCAACUGUAUUAGGUAUUCAUUUAGAAGGACCAUUUAUUAGUCCAAGUAAAAAAGGAGCUCAUUUAGAGUGUCACAUAAAACAAUUUGAAAAAGGUUACAAGUCAUUAACUGAUAUGUAUGGAAGUUUAGAAAAUGUGAGUCUUAUUACAUUGGCACCUGAACUUCCCAAUACCCAGUCUGUGAUCAUAGAAUUAUGUAAAAGAAAUAUUAAAGUUUCUCUUGGACAUUCUAUAGCAAAUUUGAAAGAAGGAGAAGAGGCUGUAAAAAAUGGAGCAUCCUUUAUUACUCAUCUUUUUAAUGCAAUGUUACCAUUUCAUCAUAGAGAUCCAGGAUUAGUUGGUCUCUUAACAUCUGAUCAAAUCUUUCCUGGAAGAAUUAUCCAUUAUGGUAUAAUUGCAGAUGGUAUUCAUACUCAUCCAGCUGCAUUACGUAUAGCUCACAGAACUCAUCCUGAAGGAUUAGUUCUAGUUACUGAUGCAUUGUCAGCAUUAGGUUUAGAAGAAGGAGUACAUCAAUUAGGACAGCUUAAAAUCGAAAUACGUUCGGGACGUGCAUAUAUUGCUGGAACAGAUACACUGUGUGGAAGUACAGCGGAAAUGACAAAAUGUGUUCGUCAUUUCAAAGAAGUAACAGGCUGUUCAAUAGUAGAAGCUUUAGAAGCAGCAACUCUUCAUCCGGCAAAAACUCUCGGUAUUGAAAAAACGAAAGGAACUUUGAAUUAUGGGGCAGAUGCUGAUAUAGUAAUGUUAGAUAAUGAUUUAGAAUUAUUGUCAACAUGGAUAUCAGGAGAAUGUGUUUAUAGUAAACAUAAAUGCUGCCGAUAAAAUAUAUUAUUUGAAUAAAUGUGAUUCGAAAUAUGA